CCGUGCGGCCCGACGGCGCGGUCUUGACGCCUCCUCCGGCCCCCCACCCCGCGCAGCUCCGCUCCGCUCCUCCCCCGCGCCGCCCGCACCGUGCAGUUUGGGCUCCCAACUGGCAGGACGGGCCGGGCGCGAUGAGGAGGAGCUGAUCGCCGCCGGCGCCACCGAGACGCUCCGGGGCUUUGGCGCUGCCGCUCGACUCAGGGAUCCCAAAACUGGUGCUUUGCAAAACUAGCCGGCCCACCAACCAAAGAAAAUGUGGAAACAUCAGCAUUUACCCUUUGCAGCAAUCUUUUGUCUUUUACUCGCCGGCUGUUGUCAUAUAACUGAUGCCCAAGCGACUGAUGUCAAAAUCGGUGCCGCUGCUGAUAUAAUAUUUCUAGUGGAUUCCUCUUGGAGCAUUGGAAACGAACAUUUCCAACUUGUUCGAGAGUUUCUGUAUGAUGUUGUAAAACAAUUAGAUGUGGGUGAAAAUGAUUUUCGGUUUGGUCUGGUCCAAUUCAGCGGAAACCCACAUACAGAGUUCCAGUUAAACUCGUAUGACAGUAUGCAAGAUAUCCUCUCCCAUAUUUCGCACAUGACUUACAUGGGGGGAGGAACCAAGACUGGAGAAGGAUUAGAGUUCCUAAUUCAAAACCACCUCACUAAAGUUGCCGGAAGCAGAGCGAGCGAUGGCGUCCCCCAGAUUAUUAUAGUCUUAACGGACGGACGAUCACAGGAUGAUGUGGUUCUGCCAUCCUCUGUUCUUAAAUCUGCCGAUGUAAACAUGUUUGCCAUUGGAAUUCAGGAUGCAGAGGAGAGGGAAUUAAAGGAAAUAGCAAGUGAACCCCUUGAUACGCACCUGUUCAACCUAGAGAAUUUCACUGCUCUGCACGGCAUAAUAGGAGACUUAGUUGCCAGUGUUUAUGCAUCUGUGACUCUAGAAAUGGCUGCAGCAAAUGGAGCAAUUAAAGACAUUACAGGUAACCCUCUACUGCUGUGA